GACCAGAUCCAAGAGGCAAAAGUAAUAAAUGGGUAAAUCAAUCAAUAACCUUGCAUUCUUCAAUGAUCAGAUUGUAUACAGAUGUAGAGUCUCAAAUGCUAUCAACUCCACUGAACCAUAUUCUAAAUUCAGGAAUGCACUUUAUAACCUACUCGAUGGUUCCUCUGACAAUGCAAAAUUUGAGGAUAACUGUCGAGCUAUUAUUGGAGCUCAGUCAUAUCUUCUCUUCACCUUAGACAAGCUAAUGUACAAAAUUGUCAAACAGGUAAGUACAUGCAUGUGUUUCUCAUUUUCUCCUUGUUUGGUGUAUGCAACUGUCUUGUACAAUUCUAAGUUUCUGCAUCUCAUGCAAGCUUCAGAUGAUUGCAAUGAAGGUUGUUGAUCAAUUUACUCAUUUAUUAUUUUUGCCUCUUGGGUUGGGUUGGGUUUUUGAAUAGGGUUGCUGGUUAUUAAGUAAGGAAUUUUUCACGUGGACUGUUCAAGUGACGUUUUUUGUCCAUGUGGAAUGCUUGGUAUCCAACCGUUAGAGAGGGGUAAUUUUGAGCCAAAAAUUUAAUGGAUGGGUAUUUUUGAGCCAAAAAACUAACGAAAGAUAUUUUUGCUUCAUUUUAAAUAGUUGAAAGAUAUUUUUAGCCCUUUUCUGUUAUUAGAAUCAAUAGGUCUUCAAAUAAAUAUAUCCAUUGAAAAAAUUAAAACUAUUUUAGUCGAACAAUCGAUCAUGAUCGAUACUUUCCAAAAACUUUAUGACUUAAAGAAGGA